AUGAUUAAUUAAAGUUUAAAUAAUUAAUUCCUUUUUUUUUUCAUAUAAUUAAGAGGGGGGGGGGGGGGAAGACGCAACGAAAUUUAUAUAAUUAAUUAAUAAACAAUUAGAAUUAACAUAAUCUUAAGAAUUUAAAAAUAGGUUGAAUAUGAAAGCUUUGUUUUAAAUUUUUACAAUAACAGAGACUAUGAAUUAUAAGUAAUGCUUUUAAAAUUUAAAAGCAAAAUUUAUCCAGUUCCAUUAAUAUUUUAAAAUUAAGAUUUAAGUUAUAUAAAAAAUUAAGAAGAACUCUUAUGCUUCACGAAAAAUUGUAGUACAUUUUUCCAGAAUGCUUUCCAAUUUUAAAUAUUUGUUUCAGUGAAAAUUAAACAACAAUAGGGAAAACUGAAUUAAUCAACAAAAUUUUUUAUUAAGCAGUAAAUUUGAAACCUUAGACAUGUGUGAAAUAAAUAAAAACACAAUUGACAUUAUGUUUGACUUUAGUGUUAGGAGUUCUAGAUAAUUUUGCAUAGCAGAUACUCAUGAAUUUAGUCCGAGUAACAUUUUAAGAAAAUUAGUUCCAUUAUUUAAAAUUUAGAUUAUUUAAUUAGAUUCAGAAAAUGAAUUGCCAGACAGAUUAAAUAAAAUAUAUGAAAUUUUUUAGCUCUUUUAAAAACAGGAAAUUCCAGAAUUGUGUUUAGUUAUUAGAAAUUCAAUAAACACAACAGAAAAUAUAAAGGAUGAUACAAUAGAAAUCCUAAUUAAAAUACAAUAGAAAAUGGUUUGGAAAAUUUUUUAAAUAAUUUAAUUGA